AUGAACUGCUCAAUGACAUUUCUUGUUCAACAGAGUAGAGCAACGCGGUCAGUUACUCACACCAAUCGAUAUUGUUCCCAAUUCUUGACAGAUGUGUCCGUUGAUGGUGUAAGACCGUACGUCUGUCAAGUCUGCGAAAAGGCCUUCAAACACAGGCAUCACCUAACCGAGCAUAUUCGACUUCACACCGGUGAAAAGCCCUUUAAAUGUCAAAAUUGUGGAAAAACAUUUUCCCAUUCAGGAUCCUACUCACAGCACAUGACUUUCAAGCAUCGUUGCAGUAGGGACACCACUAGACGUGAUUCCAAUGAAAACGAUUCCAGUAACCCAAAUAACUCUCAACAAGAGUGA